AUGAAACACAUCAAAACUCACCAUAAAAGUGUGAAUUUAACCAUAAAUGAUCAACAAAAAGAGUCAACUGAAAAUGAUUGUCAACGUAUUGAUGCCUUUAUAUCUUCUGUUGAAUCAAUGCAAAGUGGGGGCUUAUCAGACAAUUUUGACCAGGAAAUAGCUUGGUGGGUUAUUUGGAACAGUUUACCAUUUCGAGUUGUUGAACAAAAAGGGUUUAAAGAUAUAGUAAAAACGCUCAAUAAUAAUUAUUCAUCACCUUCAAGGAACAAAUUGGAAAACAUUAUUUGUAAAUUAUAUGAAGUUAAAUCAAAUCAAAUGAGGACUUUUUUAGACGAUGUAAAAUGGUUGGCAUUAACUGCUGAUGGAUGGAAAGAUAUCAAAAAUCAAAUAUCUUACGUUGGAGUAACUCUUCAUUUCAUUGAUAAUUACCAAAUGAUGAGUAUAUGUAUCAAGGCAAACCAAUUUACCGGAGAAGCAACUGCUGAAAGGAUUGAGAGUGUGAUCAGACAAACUUGUGAUGAAUUUGCUAUUGAUAUUGCUCGAGUUGUUUCAAUUACAACUGAUGCUGGAGCAAAUUACAAAAAAGCAGGCAAAAAUAUUGCUGCUCAUAUUCAUUGUGUUGCUCAUUGUAUGAAUCGCGUUGUGGAAGAUGGAUUGGAAAACAGUCUUUUGUUAUCUGAUACAGUUGAGAAUGUUCGUAAUAUUGUAACAGCUUUCAAGCAAAGUUCAAUAUUAAUGGAUAGUCUUCGGAAUCAUCGACUGAAUAAUGAGGAUGAGCCUUUGAAAUUGAUUCUAAGAUGUUGUUACUCGUUGAAACUCAACUUAUUUAAUGAUACAUGA